CUUCGAUGACGUCGCUACCUCAAAGUUUGCCUCGUCAGUGCUGAGUGUGGCCCAGUGACAUUCCUGUACUCACGCUGUUUGAACACUUGGAUUCACUCUGAACGGAUUAAACUGAUGCAGGAGAGGAGGUCGAGCACGGCAGACCUUCAUUAGACUUUUCAUUCACCGGUACGUGACUUCCUGUUGUUUUCCAAAAGUCCGCUAAUAACACCUGCGGGGUAAACUCAGCUGACAGACUCCACCUUACUGCGGCUGUUCGCCCUCAGUUAGCGGUGACGAUACAUUCAGGGGGACAACAGUCAUUUAAAGUUCUGGGAGUACUUUGUGCAGGCUAAAAGCAAGUUUCGCAGUGAGGUAUGAGUCUUUGUCUCAGGAUGUUUCACAAUAAGGAAAGUGUGCUCACAGGGAGGAAGCGAACACGUGUUUUGUCAAAACCGAAAAGUUGAAAAUACACCUUGACAUCUUCAAAUGUCGUUGUAUCUGAAUAAUGUGUUCAUGUCUUACUUGUUUUAUAAGUUUACUUGCAGUAAAAUGUUGGACAGGUGUAUUUGCAGAGUGCAUUUCUCUGAGGUCGACCUCAUGCAGCAGUUGCAGGAGUCUGAUUUUGCAGGAGCUGUCGUCAACACUUUAAACGUACUUAAGAUGUUGCAUUUACAGGAGGAGAAACAUCAAUCUCCCCUAAAAGUAGCCUUUACUUCACUCUCAACUCUGUGCCCUAAUAUAACUUGGUUCAGCUUUAAGUCACUUGCAGCAUGGUGGAUGAAGAUAGGAUCAGUGUGGGUCAGAUCUUAAAUAGAUCUUAAAAUUUGAGACUAAAUCUAAUCUCAUUUUGAUGUUGGGUCUUAAUAGGCUAAUGCGAAGUCUAGUCCAGCUGCAUUUGUAAAUUGUGUUGAGACAUUUAUAGUGACCUGGUGCUGUAUGAAUGAAGACUUAUUGAUUGAUUGAAUCAUUAUCAAAAUGUACUUUGUGACAAUAACAAAAAAAAAAUUCCUUACAUUUUAACCCCUGUGGUUAAAAAAGUUAAAAAAUUGAAACGCAGAAAGAAAAAUGAGGUUCUGCGGACAAGAGAGGACUUCCCUUCCCUCCCUGCAUUGUAUUACAAAUUAUUCUUUGAUUGUGUUUCCCUUUUCUUAAAAUGUGGUGCAAAAAAAUAAACAAAAAAAAAGUUGUGAAAUGUUUUGAAGUACAUUACUUCCUUUUGCGAACAUGCACUAGUUCUGUUUCGCAGUGAAUCUGUAAUGCAGAGAAAGUUGUGACAUUUUCCAAAAAUGAGCCAGAGUAAUUGAAGGAACCUGUAACAUUUGAAAUCAGCUUUGACUUCAUGUACAUGCAUCUACUCAUGGUGUGUAUAUUUUGGGAAAAGUCAUGCAGUAUGGCUAAUUAAGUUAUUUUUCUAUUUGUGGGAGAGUAUACAGUCAAAAACCUUGUUUUCCAUCUUAAUAAUGACUCCAUGGUCACAGUAUGUUGGUAUAUUUCAUAGUGGAUUUUGUAAGUCAUGUGAUUAGGUUUGGUUGUGACUCAGGAACCUUUGUCCGGGUUGGUUUUGAUAAAUUGUUUGCGUGCACUAGUUUUGCUCCCCAAUUUUAGACCACAAUCUGAAGGUUUCUGUUUCUAACUCUAACCAAAACCUCACUGUGGGUAGACUGGGUCUCUGAGUGCAGGUAGUGCAGCGGUGAAACUCAAACAGCUGUCACAUGUCCAGUCAUAACUCUGAUAAGAUGAUUGCAUGCAAAGCAGCGAGCUUAAGUAUAUUUACUCUCUUGACUUAUAAUUGAUUGCAAUGCAUUGGAGUCACAGCAGUUACCCGUGAAAUCAUUAAGUGCUUAAGUUUGUUAUAAUCUGUUUGUUUAUCACAUGCCACCUGUCUGAACACACUCUCCAAGUUUUAACAGUGAGUCAUAAACCUGUCUCUGGCAUGUGUCCAACAGGACGCUGUGUUAGAUAAGCUUUAUGUGUUAUCAUGUGCGUGAAGACAAAAGCACGACAUCUCUCUUCCCAGUAACAGCUCGUCUUGGUUUCCUUUCUUAUUUCCUCUCUCAGUCCUCAGCUGCUCUAUUGUUCACUGUGGUCAGGUGACUUUCCUUACGAGGUUUGGCUUGUGGUGCAUUGCACAAUGUUCAAACUUGAAGCAUGACGCAUUAAAAAAUGCAUUGAGGUUAUUACAGUCUUAAGUUUUUUUUAAUUAAUUUUAUUUGUUUUGACUGUUUUCAUAUAGUUUUAAUCAGUAUAGUGUACUUUUUAUGUGUUAAAUGCUUACUUUUAAUGACAUUUCUAUUGGAUGGACUUUUAGUUUCAGUUUAUUUGUAAUAUAAGGUACUUGUCAGAAGUAAGACUGAGCCAGGGGACUAAAAAAGUGUUGGAUAAUCAAACCUUGGCAUAUUACUGUUUGAGAAUAGGUUUUCAAAUAGAAAAGAUGAGCAAAUAAAAACACUACCAAAGGACAAACCAUAAAGAAGGUGUGAAGGAAAUGAGCUCAAAACAACUAAAAUGACAGUUUUUAAACUAUUAUUUUGGUGUUUUUUUCUAAGCACAUCACAGACUUUCAGUUACACUUUGUAUCUUUUUAAAGUCAAAUUUAUAUUUCUUACCAAUUUGAAACACAUGUCUAGAUCAGUCUAUUUGCUCCCCGGAUCCUGGUCUGGUUCAAAAUGACUGUGCUGAUACUGAGCCUUCACCUGAUGCUUGUAUCUCCCAAAAUAAAGGGGCUGCGCACAUUUUUUUUUCCACGCUGUGCAACAGGUACAAACUAUCAGGCAGCUACAUGUAGAGAGUGAAGAGGAGCAGAAGAAGAGCAGGGAGAGAAGCAGGAGGGGGCAGGUGUGCGUAUCUGUGUGCCUGAAAAGCUGAGGGACAGAGUGAGUACUACAAGUGAAAGGCUGUAGAGAUCAAACACUUCAACCAGCUAACGUCUGCUGGGCUAAAAAGUGAGAGGAAUUGUUCAGAAACAUAAUAAAAUAAAAGCCUAAGACUUGACUUAAUAAAAGAUCAGUGGAAGUUGGUGGAAGCUGCCAUCUUGGUUUUGUAUUAACACACUGCUCUUGUAUCAAUGUCUUAAAGCACCUACUCCCAAUUUUAAAAUAAAGGCCUGCGAUUGGUCAGUAUAUCACUGCUGACACCACACAUUAUGACAAAACAACAAUUUUUUAAAACUAACAAAAAAAAAUUAAAAUAUUAAAAAAAAAAAAAAAAAUCAAGUAAAUGUAGAUGAAACAAAAUUUGGCUCUGUAAAACAUCACCACAGUGACAUUUUUUAAUUCUGUCCAACUAUCUAAACAUUGUUAAGGAAUUAAAACAAUAUGAAGUCAAUAUUGGGGUUAAAAUAAAAAAGAAAGUCCUGGGCUGUGUCUGAAAUGGAUCCCUAACCCCUAUUUAGGUGACUGUAUGGGGGUUAGUGCCAUUUUGAGGGGUGUCCAAAACCUCAGUGAUCAAUUCCAGUGCCCAAUAUAGGUGACUCAAAAUUUCCCAUGAAGUAUUGCAAAAUGUAGUGAUGGUGGUGGGCACCCCGUCAUGCAUUGCGUCUUGCCAUGAAGUGUCUGAAACCUCUGGUAAUUGAGUUCACUACGUAGUCAAAUAUAUAGUAAAACCCAAUAUGGGGGUUAGGGAUUAGGGAUUGAGUGAUUCAUUUCGGACACAGCCCUGCACAGAGUCAUCAUUCCACAUUUAAAUCUAAUAACAUGGUUAAUUUAGCCUGUAAUAUGUAUAGGGGUAAAGUAUCUUUGCCCUAUAAGUAUACGGGCAAAGAUUCUGGAUACUGCUUAAAUUCUACUAUCAUAAUAGCAUAAUACUCAACUGCAUUAUGCUACACAUCAUAACAGAAUUUAUAUAAAAUACAUUGACUUUUAGAUUCAACAUGGAUGAUUCGAUCUGGGUGAUGAGAAAAAAUGUUUUAUCAAAAAAAGUGAUAUUGGCCUUGUGAGGGCUGAUGCAGAUAUGAUGCCAUUAAUCAACCCAAUUAAUCUGCUGAUUGACCUUAGGGAUGGGCUGUGUGGACACAGUGAUGAACUCAAACACCUCCCCGUCAUUUAUUUGGCCUCCUCGCUCUCCAAGAUGUUUAUCUAUCCUAUUAAAGUCUAGAGAUUCUUGCUUUGGUGCUGCAGCCUUUUCCGAUGUUGACCGUGCCGUGUUCCUUUGCAUGUCUACUUAGUGUAAGUUGUGGAGGAGUGUUUGUGUGUGUCUGGGUGAGUGUAUUUUUGUACCUGUGAGCAUUACAUCUGACUCCUCUGACCUUCUACUCCCCUCCUACAUGCAUCAGAGUUUCCUGUUUGUCUUGUACCAGCCCCCAGUAUCUACAUUUGCAUGGGUCAACACGCCAACACACACGCAGACACACACACAUACACACACUGUCUGGUGCUCUUGUUCAUGAAUCGACUUUGCCGACUCAUGAUGCACAACAACUCUCUGAUCAGCACUCUUCCGAACCAGUGCACACAGAAAGUGUAGUGUGCAUGAAACUCUCCCAGAGUGAGUCUUAUCAGUCAAUAUUCACCCUCCUUAUCCUCACAAAACUUCCUCUUCAGUUCUUGGAUCAGUUGUCGGAUGAAAUCAAUCUCUGAGCAAAGAGGAGAAGGAGGAAGGGCCAUGAGGCCAUGUCUCAGAGUGAUCAGUGUAUUAGAGAGCAGCAAUGAACCUGAUGAAUAACUUGAGGCUCUGUGCACCAUUUAGGAGCAUCAUUGUAAUAUAACUUUUAUUUUGAGCAAUGUACCACUUUUUUGUUGUUGUUGCCAAAUAGACGGCCAUGACAAGAGUAAGAUGUAAUUCUUGAACAGGUCAGUAAAGGCCAAAAUGAAGAUGAACAAAUAACUCCAGAGACAACAUACUAAACUCUCUGGCGCAUAGUCACAUAGUCUACAAACUCAUAGUCCUCAUGAUCCAUCUGUAAAGAAUCGUGAUGUGAUUUUUGACAGCACUUAAAAGUUUGACUGACAGUUUAUUUCAGCUGUAAAGGCAAGCUUUCUGCAGCUGAGAUUGUUGGGAAUGGAAACAGUUUUUAAGAUUCAUGGAGAUGCAACAAGUAAUGUGCCCUUAAAUGCAGAAUUUAUGUCACGUCUUGGUGAGGAGUAGAAUUUAUAUUACAAACAUCUUUUUAUGACAGAACCAUGACCUUGUAUCCUUUAUUCAUACUGUAUUGACUACCCUACCUCUACUGACACAUUUACACAUGUAUGAAAAUAAUUCAAGGGAUAUCUUAGUGCAUUUGAAGUGAAGUACUAAGAGUUACAUGCCAUUAAUUCAUCACGGUGAAUGUUGGUCAGCCUGGCCUCUUUUUUGAGAAACUGCUUGGAGGGCUGUUGUGCAAGCUACGCUUAAGUUUUCUUGAGACGGGGCUGACUCCGCCACAUAAUGUAGCAAAUUUUUAGAGACCCGGAUCUAAGCAGUCAACCUGGUUUAAGUUUACUCUCUACACUUUAGGUUCACCAUCAGAUGGCUCUUUUCUUUUGUACACACACACCUUUGAGUGGAUGCAACAGGUUCUCUUGAAUUGGUAAUAUCUGCUCUCUUUAGAGGUGUGUUAUAAAACCUGAGAAAUAGUUAUGAGGUGAUUGUUUUUGCUCUCAAAUAUACACUCACCGGCCACUUUAUUAGGUACACCAUGCUAGUAACGGGUUGGACCCCCUUUUGCCUUCAGAACUGCCUCAAUUCUUCGUGGCAUAGAUUCAACAAGGUGCUGGAAGCAUUCCUCAGAGAGCUUGGUCCAUAUUGACAUGAUGGCAUCACACAGUUGCCGCAGAUUUGUCGGCUGCACAUCCAUGAUGCGAAUCUCCCGUUCCACCACAUCCCAAAGAUGCUCUAUUGGAUUGAGAUCUGGUGACUGUGGAGGCCAUUUGAGUACAGUGAACUCAUUGUCAUGUUCAAGAAACCAGUCUGAGAUGAUUCCAGCUUUAUGACAUGGCGCAUUAUCCUGCUGAAAGUAGCCAUCAGAAGUUGGGUACAUUGUGGUCAUAAAGGGAUGGACAUGGUCAGCAACAAUACUCAGGUAGGCUGUGGCGUUGCAACGAUGCUCAAUUGGUACCAAGGGGCCCAAAGAGUGCCAAGAAAAUAUUCCCCACACCAUGACACCACCACCACCAGCCUGAACCGUUGAUACAAGGCAGGAUGGAUCCAUGCUUUCAUGUUGUUGACGGCAAAUUCUGACCCUACCAUCCGAAUGUUGCAGCAGAAAUCGAGACUCAUCAGACCAGGCAACGUUUUUCCAAUCUUCUAUUGUCCAAUUUCGAUGAGCUUGUGCAAAUUGUAGCCUCAGUUUCCUGUUCUUAGCUGAAAGGAGUGGCACCCGGCGUGGUCUUCUGCUGCUGUAGCCCAUCUGCCUCAAAGUUCGACGUACUGUGCGUUCAGAGAUGCUCUUCUGCCUACCUUGGUUGUAACGGGUGGUUAUUUGAGUCACUGUUGCCUUUCUAUCAGCUCGAACCAGUCUGGCCAUUCUCCUCUGACCUCUGGCAUCAACAAGGCAUUUCCGCCCACAGAACUGCCGCACACUGGAUAUUUUUUCUUUUUCGGACCAUUCUCUGUUAACCCUAGAGAUGGUUGUGCGUGAAAAUCCCAGUAGAUCAGCAGUUUCUGAAAUACUCAGACCAGCCCUUCUGGCACCAACAACCAUGCCACGUUCAAAGUCACUCAAAUCACCUUUCUUCCCCAUACUGAUGCUCGGUUUGAACUGCAGGAGAUUGUCUUGACCAUGUCAAGUUGCCGCCAUGUGAUUGGCUGAUUAGAAAUUAAGUGUUAACGAGCAGUUGGACAGGUGUACCUAAUAAAGUGGCCGGUGAGUGUAGUUCUCUAACAGCUCAUGUCAUGCUCAUGGUACGUCGGUCACUCCUCAGAGUCAGCUCACGCCCAUUAUGUUGUAUGUUCUGAUUGGCUAGCACUAAACAUGACAGACAGGUUACCCAUCCAAUCACUCUCUAAGGUUUUCUUCAUGGUUCUGCCUUUAAUAACCACAGUCUAAAGGGUUACACCCACAAUAAUGAGAAAUAAAUCCACGUGAAACAGUCUAUCAAGUUCUCCUUGGCUUUGUUUGACUUUUUUUAGCCUUGAUUUAUUGACUUAUCAGACAUUUCAGUUAAAUUUAUGAUUUGCUUUUACAAUGAGUACUAAUUUUAUUAUAGUAUGCUGUGAUUUAUUUGUUGAGUGCAUGAGUACCUUAGUUUUGAAAAGUGUGAUUUAAUUAAGUUUGUCUUCUACUUCAGCUCUAGAGGUUGUGAUAACUGCUCACACUAGAGCUUCUCUUUCAUUUUUUUGCUUUAAAGUAAUAAAUAAAUAAAUAAAUGCUUCUUACUAACCCUGCAGAAGGCUGUACUUAUUCAAACUGAAGAUGCUCCUCCUAUCUCUCUCAAAGGUUUCAUCGACUUGUUAAAGAGGCAGUUGCUAAGAGAUGACCAUGGGCCACACGUGUGACAUCCUCUGCUGUGGAGCAGCCUGAAGCUUCGCUUCUCCAGGAUCUCUUCUCUCCAAAUCUCUGAGCACCUGGCUCAUGUGAAGGACACGGAAAAACGCUCUCAAACCAAGAGACUCACAACGACCAUGGCAGCUUUUACUGCUCCGUGCGCCACUGCUGACACCACGACCAGAUCUGUGCGCUGGACAUCAUGGCAAAAACAAGGGAGUGAGGAAGAGGAGGGUAAAUGUGAAAGUGAGGACAUGACACAGAGGACAGUUCUGGAGAAAACUCACGAGUUCUUCCAGAUGUGUGACAUUGAGAACAAGGGCUUCAUCUCGCGGCGGGACAUGCAGGUGAGACAGCUACUAGUUAAAGAAAGAAAGAAAGAAGAUUUGCUGCAUGAAAGUUGUUAAAUAAAAGAUCCAAUGUGAGAAAAUGUCACCCCAAUAACAGAAACACUCUGUGAGUAACUUUAACAACUUGCAGGAGUAUUAAAUGGACAAAGCAGCCUCAGCAUUUGAGCCAUUUUUUUCCCCCCACUUUUCUCUUUUCAUUGCAUUUAGAGUAAAGCGCUCCUCAUUGACACAGAAUGAGUCUGUGUGUGUGCUCAUUAGUGAUUCUCAGCAGUGUGGACAUGUGCACCUUAUUCAACACGGCAUGAAAGAGCCUGAGUCACAGAGAGCCAUGCAGACUCUUUGUCUUGUAACUCCUCCACUCACAUUAUUGUGCAGAUUCACUCGGCCCUCAGAUGUGCGUCCCCGCUGCGGCUAAUCCUUUGAUGAAGCACUCGUAGGCUCUCAUUCGCUGAGCAUAAACACACUUUGAUCCGGUGUUUAUGGAAAUAGAUUGGACAUGAAAUGAGGAGAAAGACAUCAGCCUGUCCUUUUGGUUUGUAUUUCUUUAUGACUAGAAUCUACACUUUUCAGAAGUGCUUGUUAACUUGUUUUAAACUCUCUAUACAACCCUCAAAGGUGGUUACAUGAUUGCCUCUGCUCGCCCUCAGUGUUUACUUCACAGUUUAGGAGUCCGUUUCUCACCCUGACCACAAACACGCUGGCUUUACAGUCCUGCUGUUUGCUGACAUGAGGGAUGUGCUCUGCUCAGAUAACGCUCUUUACAGGACCAGCUGAGAGAAGCUCUCCCUCCCUGGAUUGUCUGGGUGGCCUCGGCCAACAUUUAAAGCCGUGCAAACACGCAUAAAAACCCAAGCUGCUAACAGAGGUGUGGCUGUGUUGGCUUUUCUUGCAGAUUGUCCUGUGUUUUCUGUCAUGGUCAGGAGGUUUUGUUUGGCAGUUUUCAAUCUGUUGUCCAUCCUUUGGGCUAACCCUCUGACUAAGGUCGAGCCGCACAAGCCUGACUAGAAAACCCACCCUGAAGUUAAGCCUAAAGCUUAGAUUAAUGGUUUUAAUGUGUGUGUAGGUGACUUUAUCAUAAACUGUGGGUAAAAACAAGAACGAGUCAGGGUCUUUGUCACCCUGAAGGGGGUCCAAUCCAUUGCAACACCCUGCUCACUAUACAUCAUACAACUUAUUAUCCAGCUACUAAUCGAAAUAUUUAACAAAUGACAAAACUUGGGUCUAAAGAUGAUUUUAGGGAUGCUGUGAUUCUAAAAUUUACUUAUUGUCACAUUAUCAGAUUUUACCUCACAAAUAUCAUGGCUUUAAGGUAUCAUGAUAACAAAAUUAUCACAAUAUUUACCAGCUCUGUGACCAAAAUACUACUAUCCAUCAUAAAACAAUUGUUUAUCUUACUUUUCCUUGACAUUUUCGGUCUUCCUUAUUUUCGGACAUUUUAUUCUGAAACUGUGCAUUUAUUUUGACGUACCGCUCAAUCUCAUUCUCCUAGACGGACUUCUUAGCAUAUUGCUGAGAGAAAAAAACAAAACAGGUGUAGGCUACAGGGGUCCGUUUCACGUAGGUGGUUCAACAAACUCUGAGUUAAAUCCUUAACUCUGAGUUGAUCUACUCUGAGUUAGGAAACUCUGAGUUUCCGGUUUCACAACACUUGAUUUGAGACGGUUUUAACAACUCCGAGUAGUUUGACCUGGAGUUUAGCACGUGCACGCCAGACAUAAACAGCCAGCAUCUGUGGAGCGCAGAUUCAAUGAUCAACCAAUGGAAACAGGGAGAAGGAGGGGGCAGCAGCAAGCCAACAGCGAAUUACAGCACGUUUUUAAAAGAAAGUGCAAUACAGCAGCAGCUGCAAAGGAGAGGGAGAGGGCAUGGAAGGAAAUCGCUGCUCGCGUCAAUGCGUAACUUUAAAUCUAAGCUGCGUCCGAAUUGCCAAGUAGUAGUCGAAGUAGUAGUCGAAGUAGUAUCUAGCAUGUCCGAAUUGGCCACCGGAGCGAGUAGCAUGCUACUUCAGAUACUACUUCAGACGCUAGACACGCCCACAUUGUAGGUUGGUCUCGGUGCAUCCUACGGGCAUGCUACUGACCCAAAAUGCACCGCGGGCUUCUUCUUCGUCCUCUUAAAAGUUGUAGAAGCGCAUGUGAUGCUAGCGCCACCAGCUGCUCUGCCUAUUUAAAAGUGUCGCGAACGCCGGCUGGCCACAGCAGCGCGCACCAUGUCGGAGCAGCAGCAGCAGCAGCAGGCGGGACCGCAGCAGUACAGAUGUAAGUUUCAUGUAACUUGAUCGGACCGGCCGCGAUCGUCGAACGGGGAGGGGUGGGGGGCAGCUCCUUUGCCGCCGUUAAAGGUGGGGCUUGCCCGUUAAUAUUCCUAAUCAUUUAACGGAACAUAAUAAGAGAGUAAAAUUCAGUUUUGAGUGUGAAAAGAGCAUUUUUUUAAGGGAUCAAACUGCCACUUAAUACUUACUUGACAAUGUAAAACAUGAUCAAAAUGAGAAAAUGCCGAUGUCUCACCUGAAACUCUGGGUUUACUGAGUUAAACCUGGGGCCUGUUCUACGAAGCAGGUUCAACUUAGCGAGGUAGGCUUGGAGCUACCUCGCUCAACUUAGCGCGGUAGCCAGCGGUCUCGCUAAGCGGUUUUACGACGCUGGUUAUCAACCUCAUAAGUGGAUCCAGCUCUGCUAUGAGCGCGUGCACACAUAUAAGGCGGAGCCCGCCGCAUCUGACCAAUCGCGAACAUGGAUCAGUCUGGAGCGUCAGAGCAGGCUGGAGAGUGAAGGACCAUGGACUUCACAAACGAGGAACAGGAGACGAUCAUGAGAAAGUAUGAAGAAUUAAAAGCUACCAUAAACCUCAAAAGCAACACCGUCGCCGCUACAAAAGCACGGAGGGAAUGCUGGCAGAAAAGUAAUCUUUGAUGUCAUUAUCACCCUGAGAUAGCACUGUUCAACAUGCGCUUUUAACUAAGGUGACAGUCCCCGAAUUGGAUGAUCUGUCCCCGGCUAAAGCUGUCCCCGAAAAUGUCCCUGAUUUAAGCGUUUCGUGAAUGAGAACAAAAAUGUUGCAUGUGGGCUCGAACAACGGUUGUUACAGUGGGUAGGAAGCACAAGUAAGCAGUCCUGAACAACAGUAUUUACGGGGUUAUUAUAAGGGGCGUGCGCUGCUACUAAAUAGUACCGAGAUGUUGUCUGUGAUCGCGCAGCCCAUGCCCAUUCAUUCCCAAGAUGAAUCAUUCAUUUGUUCAUUCCUAUCGUGUUUACAUGUUUUGUGUAAUAUGUCGGCCAUAUGAGCCUUUCAUAAAGGUGGUCAUCCGGAGAAAACUCUCCCUGUAAACUCUCGCGAGCCGGAGUGCUCCUCCUCGGACAAUGCGAGCACCGAGGUCUACAGGAUCCUCCAAGAACGGACAAGCCGUUUUUCGAGAGAGCUCAUUGGUCAGUGGGCGGGGUUUUUAUACUCGGUGAGUGCAAUCUGGAACUUAACCUGCCCCGGGGCAGUUUAGCCGUUCAGCGUAUGUUGCUAUGGAGACUCGCCUCGCUAAGAGGUGAACCCGCGUCGUAGAACAGGAAACCCCGAACUUAUCCUCAAAGUUACCUCGCUAAGCAGUAAUCCUGCUUCGUCGAACAGGCCCCAGGUUAGGUUCACGGAGUCUGUUACUGUGGUAACUGACCGCGAGGUUGAGUUACCUCUCUUUGUGAAACAGGUUAGAGUUACCCCUCUCUCCCUGGUUUAACUAACCCUCCUUUGUGAAACGGAAAACUCAGGGUUUCCCUGAUUUCAGGAUUAACAAACUCGGAGUUUCCAUUAAACCUGCUACGUGAAACGGACCCCAGGUGUGUCAAGGCUUUUAGAUUUGUAUAAAAUUAUUUGCUAAUGCUAAGAAACUUAUUUUUCAAGCACCAAUGUUCUAUGCUUGUAGUUACUGUCUUUUUUAAGAAUAAAUUCUAUAUUUUGGCAUUUAUUUCCCCUCCACUCUUUCAGGCUACCCCUGGUAACCCUGUGGACAUAUCACUAUGCUAUGAACUAUGGGUAAUUCCCUAAUGCAAAGUCUGCAAAGAUGCCCACUUGUAGGGAGGCUGCAUAAAGGGCUCAAAAAGUCUGCUAGAGACCCUACAAACUUAGCGAGUACGCAGCUCUAAGUCAGUGAGCGUGUAUGGGUGGCUUUUGCGAUUUAACCUUUGUCUGGUAAAUCUAAGAUAAGAUAUGAUAAGAAUAACUUUAUUGAUAUAAAUAUUAUUAUAAAUUAUUGAUAUAAAUCUGAGUUUACAGGAAUGAAUAAAAACUGUGAAAAGAAUGGUUAGAAAGUAUAAACAUUAAUUUGAUAAGUGAGUUCUUGUGUUGUUUUUGGAUCCAUGAUUAAUCAUAGAUUGUUGGUCUUUAAAAGUGUCUAAUCAUCUAUAAGGCGGCUGCUCCAGCCAGCUCACCAGCAGCUGCUGCUGCUUCUUUGUAUGCCACCUGCCAUAGACUUGCUUCAACUGUAUGAUGGCAGGUGUAACAUAGCGUGAGAGACCACUAUUAUGAACUUAAAAUGUAUACCUUCUUGCACAAUAUCAAUAUUUUCUGUUUAAAAACAACUGGUAUUGUGACACUGGUACAUUGGGACAGCUCUAUAUCAACUCUAGUUUUGAUGUGGUCUGGGGAGGCCUACGAUUACAGCCAUCACCUCGCCCUGAUCAAUUAUGUCAGCUAUCAUAAGCUGAGCACAAAUUAUGGUACAGUGCAAACACGGGAGUAACUUUGCAUAAACAACUUCCUGAACCUGUGACUCAAAACAGUCCAACAGCUUUUUGCCAGCUAUGCAAUAAGAUCAUCUGGUGAUGUGGUGACAGCAGAGCAGCGAUCAAUUAAAAACACAACAUGUAACUGAAUAUGUUAUUCAUAGGAAAGUCUGCUGCAUCAAAGCAACAAAAAAAAAAAAAACUCUAGACUUGAAAAGGGAGGAUAAAUGUCUUUGAGAAAGCAAAAAAGUGUGUUAUUAAGAAAUCAAGAGUGUCUUCACUUGGUCUUCUCUUGGUCUCACACCGGGCAGACUCUGAACUUUGAAGAAGACUGGUGAAGACCAAAACUGGCGACCAGGGUGAGAAAGGUUGCAUGGAAUUGUCUGAAACUUUUCAGACACUUUUGUAGACAAACUUUUACAGAAUUUAAAUACUAAGUCAUCUCUGCUCCCCAUAGACACUAAUACAAAGAAUUUCUGAGAGAGGCAGAAGGGACUCCCAUUUAUAACUUGCAAGUAUGUCCAAACCUUUUACUGUAGAAAUAUCAACUUCAUAAGUGUUCAGGAAGUCCUUACGAUGACCACAGUCUGCUUUUUUUUUUUUUUUUCUAAUAGGAGCUACCGUUUUUUCGGAAUAAGCCCAAAAGUGAGACCAGCACUUAGGGGGGAAAAGUCCACCCUUUUCUGUGCAUCUAUCAUUAUGGGCAACCAGCUCAAGUUGCUGUAGCAAUUUGUGAGCCUCAGGCCAGGCCCACAGCUGAGACCAGUUUACUAAUCAGGGACUGCUCUGAUAUCUCUGCAUCAUUGAAUUACUUUUAGAGCAAUUUGAUUAACGAUAAAAAGCUGACUCUCAAUCAGAAUCCUUAUUAGCGCCACAGGGAUAUGCACAGAGGAACUGACCCCUAUACAAUAGAGAUGCUAUAAACUUAACAGCAUGCCCCAUACAAUAAAGCCUAAAGCCCUGAGGCACUGUUGUAGCUUGAAGGAUUGUGGGGCAAAGUAAAUAUCAAAAUGUGCAGUUUGAUUGGGAUCUUUGAGCGAUUACUUUUCUCUAUUGUAUUUCAAUAGUAUUAAUUAUUUGAUACUCAAGAAUCUCAUCAUAAUGAGCACACCUUGGCACACUAUGCAAACUAACACACUCAGCAGUGUUCGGCAGUGCACAGCUCAUAGCUGGGACCACAUCAGACAUUUACCAUUACCUCCUCCAGUCAAAAAAUGUCCUAUUACACUUAUCCACCUGACAUGUCCAGAUAAUCACUGUAUUUUAAGAUUUAAAAAAGGACACGUUGAGGCGUUUAUUGCUUCAAAUGAGAAUAUGAACCAAGCAGAAAUACAAUCAAGUCAAAGACACAUUUCAAGAACUUAAACUAAACUUUUUGCAGCGGCAGCUUUUCUUUUUUUACACUUGCAGGCAGUGCAGGCCUUUUUUGUUUUUGCUUUCUAUUUUCAGAAUAAAACACUGAUCUAAACUCAUCAGAUAAAUGUGCCUUUUGAUGUGUAGGCUAUCAUGGUAUUUUUAAACAUAGAGUUAUACGAACAAAAUUAAGAGAUCCAAGAUUUUUUCAGUGGCUUUUUUUAUGCUUUUAUUGUUAUUUUGAUGGGAUUUUGUUGCUAUUUAAAAAAAAAUGUUUUGGUCUUUUUUGCUUAUUAGAGAUGUAUGAUAUUGUUGGCAUACUAUAGGUAUCAGCAUAAUACCUUUUGAGUUGGUUAUCAGUACUGGCAGAUAUGAGCAUUUCUCAUUAUUGGCCAAAAAAAGGACAGACAAUGACCUCUUAUGCACACCAGCAUGUCCCCUCUGUGAAGUGUUAUGAAGCGUGCAAACAGACAAGAGACUUAAAACGUAAUGUCUUCAUUUUAAUAAUGCAUUUAUCAUUCAUGGCAGAGUUACAUAGUGUAUUACAAUUUGAAUAAAGUGGCCUUAUGAUGAUCCGCAUGUCCUUUGAGGAGGACAGCGCCGUUCCUAACACAAAGAUAAUCAUUACGUGAAAUUUAGUCCGAACAAUGUGAGUGCUAAAAACAAUCCACUUGUUGAAGCCUGUGAUUCACAUCCUGUGGUAUAAGAGUGUUAUUAAGGCUAAUUUAUUCUAUUUUGAGCUACUUGCUGUGUUUGCUCCAUGGUGACUGUCCUCCAGCAGCAGUUGUUAUAGCUACAGAUGCUAAAUGUCCUUGAGCCUUUGUUCUGCAGCAGUAGCAGCUGUGUUUUCUGUUUUGUUAAAUAGAGGCUGAACGGCCGGCUCCCUUUCAGUGCGGAGGAGCUGGAGAACGUGUUUGAUGUCCUCGAUUCUGACAGCAAUGGAUACCUCACUCUGGACGAGUUCUCUUCGGGCUUCAGUAUGUUUUCAGUCCAUUAAAACAGAGCGAUCAGAAUCACCACGGCCUGCUGUCUGAUGUUUGGAUUGUUCAUCAAACUCUUAAAAUUUUUUUCAGGCGACUUUUUAUUCGGCCAGAGGAUUCCUGUAGAGGAAGACAUGGGGGAGAAAAACAGAGGUGUGAGUCCUCCAGAGGUCUUAUACCAGAGCCAGAGGCAGGAGAGUUUGGUUACAGGAGAAGAAGAUGAAGAGGAGGAACAUUUCAGCAUGCUGAUGGACAGCCUGGGAGCCAACAGUGUCUUUGAGGAGUGAGUACAGUGUGUUUGAGUGUGUGUGAUUUCAGUGAAGUUAGGCAAGCUUCAAAUCUUUGUCAACACCUCACAGGAGCACAUUUCCAGUGUUUAGCCUGCGACUUUAAUCAGCUGUGCAAACUGACCCAGAGUCUGAAGUUUCCACUGCCUGCUUUUGAACAGAGUUAUACUCCAAUAGGAAAUGGACAUUUUCAGCAUUUUCACAAAAUUAAAUCUGAGUUAUGAUAUCGAAUUAUGAAGACAGAUGCAGUGAUUUGAAGAAUGUUAAAGUCAAAAAUGGUCAAAGCUGCUGUUUCAGAAAGACUGGAUUUGAUUGCUGCGUUAUUCUCACAAAGAGUUUAAACACCGAUACUUGUAUCAGAGGUUUUUAUGUCUGCUGCAUCUGGUUAAAUCAGCAUAACUGCUGCAAUAUUAAUAGUAACUUCAUUUGUAUAGCACUUACAAGAAUAGGGAUUUACAAAGUGCUGUGAUACUUAGCAUUGGCAUAAGAAAAAGUAGCAAAAGCAAAAGUUUUCUUGUUGUUUUUCUCAUCAUUGUCAUUACUGGACUCCAGGGUUUAUAAGAGUGUAGGGAGGUUCCAACACACCUGAUUCAAAUGAUCAGCUCGUUAUUAAGCCAUUGCAGAGCUUGAUAACGAGCUGAUCAUUUGAAUCAGGUGUGUUGGAGCAGGGAAACAUACAAAACAUGCAGGACAGUGGGCCUCAAGGACUGGACUUGAGAACCACUGGUCGGAGGGAACCUGUAAUAAUGAUAGGGCAGUAAAAUGCAGUUUUGUUUUGUCUUGUUGUGGUUGAUUUUUGAAAGUCUGACUCUAAAGCCUUUGCCCCUGCCUCGCCCCAUUCACAUUGAGAGCAGGUUAACGCAAAAAACUGUCAUCUUUCUUAUGCUCGUAUAUCUUUGAGGCUAAAAACCUGAUUCAUUUUACAACUGUACAACUGUAUCAGGUGGUCCAAACUGAUUGCUGACCAACUGUGAUUUGUUGUCAGACUAGUAACUCUAAAGGUCUUGAUUCUUGCUCUACAGAAAGAACUUUAAAUAAGUUAAAAAUCCUGAGAUUCAUUGAUCGUUUUGAGUUUUCUGUCUCUGCAUUAAUAUUUCACUCAGACUCUUUGGUAGCUCUGGAGUUGAGUCUGUUUGGGCAUUGCUUUGUGAGACAGAAAGACAUUUGAUGACAGGAUCUUCCAAGACGCUUCACUAGACUCACCUUUAGCAAACAGCUCCAGGUCAAUAAGAGCAAACAGACGCUGAGGUGGAUGCCAGAUUUACACAUCCUUUUGGCCUCUGUUCACCCGCUUUGCUCAUGCUGAUGAUUCACAUCGGAUCAGUUUGUGCAGCACUGACAGAUGUUCAUAUCAAGCUAAGCUAAAGUAGAGCUGCGUACAUAUUUCUGUUAUCAUGCUAAUUCAAAUAUUUGUUUCACUGUUAACUAGUUUGUCAGUGCAAUGGAGUCACAAUGCAGAUCUUGCAGCAGAGUGACGCAUUUUAAAGGACAUUGUAGAUUUGAACCAAAAAAAAAAAAAAACAUCCAAACCAACUUUAAACUCUUACAUAAGCAGUUUUUGUAGCUCUUUUAACUCUGUCAGCUAAAGUAAACACGAAUGUUUCAGAGUUUUAAUGUCAUACAGCCAACAGAAGGUGCAAGACUGUAAAUAUCUCCCUUCUCCGCAUUAAGAUUCUCAAAGAGUCAUUAAAAAUUUAAACCUCUCUUUGUCUCAUCAGUCCUGCAGAGGUGCGCAGCUUAUGGGCCCAGCUGCAGCGGGAUGAACCUCACCUUUUGUCCAAUUUUGAAGACUUCCUGGCCAGAGUGACAUCCCAGAUCAUAGAGGCCAACCAGGAGAAGAAAGAGAUGGAGAGCGCUCUCAAAAGGUCAGAGGGAGAGACAUGUUCAUGCUCUUUAUUUGAAGUCAUUAAUGAGAAGUCUUCAAGUCUUCCCUAACAAGAAGUUCCUCUAAGUGAAAUAAAGAAAAAUGUUACUACAGCCAUACUGAGGCUUUUAUUGGGCGGUUCUCAUCCUCAACUAUUUAAUAUUGCAUAUUAGGUGGUUUUUAAUGCAACAUUUGCAAGGAACAAAUUGUUUUAUGUGUACAGAAAAGUAGCAACACACGGUGACGAGAUCCAGCAUCUUUACGAGGAAAUGGAGCAACAAAUCAAGAAUGAAAAAGAAAGGAUUGCUCUGCAGGUACAAACAAGUUUCUGAAACACUGUUUAAUAUUUGAUUAAAUCUUUGUUUUUUCCAUUUUGUUUGAGUUUCCUUUUUUUUUUGCAUUGCAGGACCAUGAGCGGUUUCUGUCUCGCCGUCGGGAUCUGGAGCUGCAGCUGUCCGGUAAAGAGAGGGAGCUGGAGCAGCUCAGUCAGAAACAGAGGAGGGUGAGUGUUCAGGGGAAUUACACACACACACUUUUCUUUAAGAGAGGAGUUAGCAAAAGGUAAUCCUGAUGAUGUACAGUAGUAACACAGCAAAUAAUUAACUGCACAUCAUCCAACACAAUGACAGACUCAUUGUAUGUGCUGUGAAUCUAAGUCAGUCCUUUGCAUUUUCAGGAUUCACAGGAAAAACUACUUUCAAUGAAAGCGUAUCCAUCGAGUUUGAGUGACACUAAAUUUUUACCUCAGGGGAUGAUUGAAAGUGUGUCCACUUAAGGGGACCUUCGAAUUAGUAAAAUAUGAUGACUCAUCUUUCUUGUUUGACCGAAUACAUCCAACAUUUUUUUUUUUUUUUUAACCAAUAAUGAUUCUUUUUGCCUGUUUUGGUUUACACACAUUUUUGCAGCUAUUAGCAUUUUUUUGUAAUAGAGAAAAGCAUUAAAGGAAAAAAAAGCCAUUUAAACAAGAAAUGAGGUGGCACAUAAUUAAGGGAGUGUUAAGGGUAAAAAUAAAAAACUGAUAAUCUGCUUUUAAGAUGAUGUAUCCUGCUGAAUGAGUCAAUAUCAACUUCACUAAAAAUGUCAUUUAUUUUCCAGCUUUUGUAAAAAAACAAACCAAUCUUUUAAUCCAGUCAGUAUUUUCAUCUAAUUUAGUAAACAGUAGUUACCAUCUGAAUGAAAGGCUCCCAUCCUUCAACAGUCACACAACUUAAAGGACUUUUCCCGAUCAAAAUUGAGUAAAUAUGAAAUGCAAAUGAGACAAAUGCAGAGACAUAAUGUCAUAUAGGAAAAAAAAUACAAUCACGAUAGCAUGGCAGUUCAGGCAAUGUUGGGCAUGGUGUUUAGGAGUGUAAUAUUUCACGAUAGUAAACACAGUGUAAGUGUACAUGGCAUGGUUUAAUAAACUGUACAUUAAAACUGGUGUCCACCUCUCCAUCUGCAGCUGGAGCGUCAAUGUCAGGACCUCCACAGUGAACAUCAUGAGACGAAGGAGGAGAUUGUGAAACUGAAGCAGACGAACGAUGAGUUAACCCGGGAGCUGGAGCACACCAGCCAAGAGCUGAUGUUAGCUCAGGACCAGCUGAGUCUGCUGCAGGAGCAGUCCACACGGCUCCAUGAGGAGAAGGAGAUGUGAGUUUCAGUCCUUUCUGUCUACUCAGACUUUCUUAUACAUCCACGCCUCAUCAUCCAGACCAUCUAUGAGGGUGGGCCUGUUGGAAAAGAGACCCAGCUCUUAUGCUCAUUGGUCUGGAUUCAAUCACAUGCUGAAGGUGACGAUAGAAGGACAAUGUGUCAGAGCAAUAAACACUAUAUUUGCACCUGACUGUUUCAAUGGAUGGUAACAUAGACUCUGUUUAUACAGUGUUUAUUAUACAGGCGACAUUGUCUUUGAUUACAGGGAAAUCUACAAAGAGACUGAGGGACUUCAACGAGAGAGAGCCAGCCUCCUCAAACAGCUGGACCUGCUGAGGUAUGGAUCUCGAGAGGAUGAUAAGUAUCCCCAAUCCAAAAGCUUCCUGUUAAUGAGGAACCAUGUGACCAGCAAUGGUUCAGUCUUUUAUUGUUGGCAACCAGAAUAAUCAAAGUCAAAACUUUGUUUUUGUGACAAAGGAAUAAACUAAAUAUGUGUAAAUAUCCUCUCACCCUGUUUUUUUUUUUUGUUUGUUUUUUUUACAGGGAAAUGAACAAACACUUACGGAAUGAAAAGGAUAUUCGUUACCAGGUACAGACCAUAAAUUAUUACACACAAAUGUUAAUGAUUCAGCUGAAACAGACCUGUGAAGAAACUUGCUGGAAAUGUAUAAAACUGCUAUAUUUUUCUCGUUGUCAUUCUUGAGCUGAUGAGCUGACCCCUGAAUUUGAAUGAAUCAGCCCUUUCUGAGUUUGAUUGAUUGCUGUGAUAUUCAGAUGAACAUGAGGAGGGUGUUUCUUUUAUGCAGAGACAAGAAGAGUUAAGGUGCAGUGUGGAGGAGGUAGUUGUGUGAAGCAGAACAGACUGGAUGGGCUUUCAUAGGGAUUUCCAGGGUACAAUAUUUGGCACAAUGCUAAAAAAAAAAAAAGGGGGGGGGGGUCUUUAAAAUAUGCUGUUUCUUGCUCUGAGUACCUGGUGGAGACCAUCCUGCUUUGGUGGGUUAGCUGCCCUCAUUUUGUUUGAGUGUCUGUGUAACUUUGGCCGUGGUUAGAGCUGCUAAUGUAUUGGACUAAUGAUCGGAGUGUAGACUUCGGCUCCAGGGUCUUUACCAACCUUCUGAAUCCUCAUCCUCAUCAUUGACAACUGACAAUAUUAUGGAGGUGCAAGGACAUAAACAAUUCCUCGGGACUCUUUUAGGCCUAAUUUUUUUCUUUACCUUACAUCUUCUUGAAUCUUUUUGGGGUCUCUGCGUCUUGGUACUGUCUACAUAUCUUCUUCUGUUUGUUCGUCUGUCACCUUUUUAUUUCUUCAUGAGGAAAACAAACUUCAGAGCCUUUUGUUUUCUAUACUGACCUCCUCUUGAGGACAAAACAACACAUUUUACAAGAAAGACCCACCGUUUCCUAUCGUCACAGAUCCAUAAGACACUCUUUUGAAGAAUCACCUGAAUAUUUAAGUCCUUUUGUUUUUAUCUAACAAGAAUGAGCCGCCAUCUUGCACUACCCAUUGCACAGAAAGGGCAUUUUUGUAGACAGACAUUUUUGUGUUUAGUGAAUCGCUGCACGAAAUUCAGCAGUUGCAGCAUGAUGGAGAGUGAUUGUUGUUGUUUGCAGAAGAAUUUGAAGACAUCUUUGAGGGUAAAAAACGACAACUGAAGGAUUAUAAUUAUCAUGCAUCACAGGAGCUUCUUGUACUGAAAGGCCACCUUUGCUUCACCAUUAGGGGGGGACCAAGAGAGUCGUAAAAUCGGAAGAUUCAGACCUCACUGUUGCAUUUUAUACGCAGUACCUUUCAGCACAAUUUCACCAAAAGUCAAAGAUCCAAACGUCUCUUGUUACUGGUGAUUUUUCUGAGAAGAUGUUUUUGAAAAUUUUGCGUAAGUGAAACCUUUUUGGAGCAGAUUUGUUGCAGCUGCAGUAGAAACAUGCAACUUUGUAAUGACAUAAAAUGAACUGCUGGAUCACUGAAAUGUUCUCUAGUGUCUGGUGCACCCCUGAGGGUAUGGCCCUUAGCAUGCAUGAUGUGCAAAUAACAUAGAGUCAGUCAAUCGAUCAGAAUGAUAAGAAUUAAUUUGCAACAUUACUUGAAUACAUGCUGUAAAAUGGAUGAAAAUGUCUUUUGUUUCUGCACGAAGAACUCUGAGCAAGCACCAGGUGUGAAGCAGAGGUUGUCAAUCAACGCUGUGAAACUCAACACCAGUAACAUGAAAAGGUAAAAACCAUUUUCAUAAGAUAUGCUGAAAAGAGAAUCAAUCAGUCUCUAUCUACCAUGGACUUAAAUGCUACUUUGUACCAACAGUGUGGAUGAGGAGCUGACUGUGAACUCUCGCAGACACAGCCUGACAAACGGCUCAUGCCAGAGGAGAGGACACCUCCAGAGGAUCAUCUCCAUCGAGGAGGACCACCUCCCGCAUUUACUGCAGAUGGACCAUCAGGUUCCGAGUCUGCUGCAGGAGUGCAGUGAAGGAGAGGAGGCCACAGAGGAGGAUAACGACAUAGAGCUGGUGAUGAGUGACAUUAUUCCUCCUGCGUCCUCCACCCCGCAGCAAGAGCAACAGAAGUCAAAGAGAGAGGAGGGGGUUACCCCGACAUUCCCGAGGGGUCAGCCUGUCGGCAAAGAUACCAGUGUAGACGUGAGUAACAGAAAAGUGAACAUCUAGUGACAAACUCUAUAUGGGUGACUUUUAAGAUCUAAAAUGAAUCAAUGUACUGUGGAUUAGCUGAGGGGUAGUAGACAGGGAGAUGAUCCUGCUCCUAUUAGCAUGCACUCUUCACUUUGUUGACUUUUGCAGCUGACAUUGAUAGUACAGUUUUACUUUCCAUUUUUUAAAACUGUUAUUCUUCUUUCAUUUCACUUGAUUUUGCUCACAAGUUAAAAAUAAAGAUAUUAAUAAACGUGUGAACAAUAAUCCUGUUUUUGAUUUUUAGGAUGGAAGUCCCUCGCCGCUGAACCGUCUCUUUAAGAUCGUCUUGGUCGGGAACUCCAACGUAGGAAAGACGUCCUUCCUCCGACGGUUCUGUGAUGACUGUUUUAAUCCUGGCACCGCCACCACUUUGAGUGUGUACCACGUGUUAUGCAAGCACACACUUCAGUUCCUGUGAGCAAAGACAGCAACACACCCAGUCCUGUGGUUGACCUCAGGCUCUCUGUUUGCUAACAGAGCAGUUUAAUUACAGCAGACAGUUUUAACAGCCAAGAAAAAAGUGUGAAAAUGAGAAAAAAUUUCUGUCCUUCAGACCACAGAGCAGAGUCAGCUAAGACAGCACCCCUAAAAGGACUGUAUUCAGACUUAUGCUGUCAUGAUAUAACACUUAGCUUUCCUAGCAGUCAUAUAUACUGUAGUCCUGCCUGUGUGCAGUGUGACUCACAAUAAUAUGAACGAGUAAACAUCCUAAUGCAAUCAUCAAACAGUGAGUGUUGGCUCGGAUGUUUGUCAAGUCUGCAUGGAGAGAGUAAAGCUGAGACCCACAUAAAGCGAGCUCAAAGUCCAGUUCACACAGAUUAAAAUGAACGAGUUCAUAUAUAUAUAUAUUUGUGUAUAUAUAUAUAUAUAUAUAUAUAUAUAUAUAUAUAUAUAUAUACAGUACAUAUAUACAUAUUCACGGUUUAGCUCACAUUCUUUGCUUUUAGGUUCUUUUACCUCAGAGUUAAGCGGAAAAUCUGCUUUUGACAAGCUGUCUUUACAUGAUUUCAUCUUGUGGUUUAAAGGUUUUUCACAAUGUUCAGUAUGUCGACAUCUAUCAAACAUUAUACUUUUUUUUACUUCGCAAACCUUGUUGGAUUAAAACAUUUAGUUUCAGCACUCAAAAACUAUUCUUCUCUAAUUCAACAACAGUGAGAUUUGAUCUUGUAUUUCUAUACAGAGAAAGUGAAGGACAUCAGAUACAGGUCUUUAGAAUUAAAACCACCAUAAUAAAACCUCAAAUAUCCUUACAAAAGUUACUUUCAGUUAAACUUCAAGUUAAAGCAGUUCCUUUUAUAAACGUAGAGUCCCUACCAUCAGCUGGGUGUGGGUGCAGGUCUCAAACAGCAGCCUGUGAAUAUUGAUUGUUAUGAUGAGGUGCUGAGAUUCAUUCGGUUUAGCAGAGUGUAGACUUGAAUUCUAAUGCCGACUUUAUGGAGGAAUAUAAACAUUAAUAUAACAAUGCCAACAGUGUACGAAGAACUGCAUAGAGUAUGAUCAAACUGGUCAUUUGUGAUGGGUGUGUUUUUUUGCAGGUACAUAGUCUUGCCAGUUUAAAUCACCAUUAUAUGCUUGCCCAUCUUUAAUAAGCGAAAAGUUCCUAUUUUAAAUGUAUUCACAUGAAUAGACAAUUAAAAAAGGAUAGUAAAUGUAUGAAACAAAAGUCUGUGCUACACCUCAAAGAUUUUCAAUACAGCACAAUAACUUUAUUGAUCUCCAAAGAGAAAUUCAUUUGUCUGGAAUCUCAUCUCAUCUGCUAUCUAUAAAAGGAUAAAACAGUCUGAUGGUUGUUGGUACAAAAGAUCUUCUUGUUGUAAUUUUUUAUUUAGUGUAUUGAUUUUCACAUCCUAUGUUCCUCAAACUGUGCACAAUAAUCCGAACGUGAUCUCUAACAUGAUGCUCCCUGUGCAUGCAGGUAUAGAUUACACCGUCAAGACAAUAACAGUGGACGGCAGCCCAGUGGCGCUGCAGAUAUGGGACACAGUAGGGCAGGAGAGGUGAGACUUCAACAAAGACAAGACAAAGGAGUAAAACCAACCUUUAUAAUGAUGUUCACAUGAAGCAGCUGAAUCCAGCAGCCAAAUAGUGGUUGAAUAAGGAACAUCAUUUCUUUGGAGUCGUUUUGGACGCUUUCCUGAUUCUGUUUCUUCCUCCUGCUGCAGGUACGGGAGCAUCACAAAGCAGUUCUUCCGUAAAGCUGAUGGCGUGGUGGUGAUGUACGACAUUACAGCCGAGCACAGCUUCACCGCCGUCAGACAGUGGUUGACCAGUGUGAAGGUAAGGUACGACAGCAACAGUCAACCUGUUACUGUUGUACAGGGUUAAAAAACACAGAACCAAGUUUGUUUCAGUCUGUUUGAAACUAAAACUUUUAGAAAACAGGAAAUAUGUGAUUUUUUUCCAUAAUACUGUAAUGAUGAGACUAGAAGAGGAUGACCUUCGCACACAUUUCUCAGCUGGUACAGAUCUUUGCAGCAGGUGUCUGAAGCAUCGACCUCUCUGAGCCACUGUCUUUGAGUCUGUGUACUUUGGUUUACUUCUCUACAGGAGAGUGCAGGAGAGGACGUUCCCAUCAUGCUCUUGGCAAACAAAACAGACAAGGAGUCUAAGAGACAAGUUCAGGGGGGAGUGGGAGAGAAACUAGCCAAGGUGUGUUCUGACUUAUCUUUUAUUAAAGUUUCCAGUGGAUGAGUCAGAGUCAGUCGUUUAGUCAGACCCCCUUUAAAAACAUCUUCUGUUGUUUUGAGAUGAUUAGAGUUGAUUUUUGGAUGUUAGUCUGAGCAGAGUUACAUGACAAAAGAUUAACAGUCAGACUCGAAGAGUGUUUCCUUCCUGUACUAAAACUAUUAUUUUAUCAUCAUCACCAUCUCAUUCUCAGGACUGCCAGAUAAGCUUCUAUGAGUGCAGUGCCUACUCUGGGCAUAACGUGGUGGAGUCCAUGGUUCAUUUAUGCAGGUGAGUAGCUUUCAAAGCAAAAUCCUACAGCAGGGAAACCAAACCUCAAUUCAGCUGAUGAAGGAGAACAGCACUUAUUCUGUUCGCAGUGUUUUCCUCUCACCCAACUAGUCCUCUAAUUAGAUGCGCUGUAACUUCUUUCUGCAGGUUGUUCCUGGCAUCUUAACUAUUUAGAGUCAGUUACUGAUGUGAGGGAGGCAGCACAGUGGUGUAGUGGUUAGCACUGUUCCUUCACAGCAAGAAGGUCAUGGGUUCGAAUUCCAGUCAGUAUGUUUCUGUGUAAAAACAUGCAGAAGUGGUGUUAUGGGGCGCUCACACCAAGCGCGAGUUAAAUCAUCUACUCACUUAAUUUGCGCGAAUCUAGACACGUGAAUGAAUUGUAUUUACUCGCUUCAUUCGCGCAUCAACAGUAAUUUCAACGGUAAUCCCUGCCAAUUCAACUGGCUGGAUCAAGUGAUAGACAAAGGUUUUUUACCUUCUUAAUCACUUUUUGAUUCUGGUUUCAGUGAUUGAAAGAAAAAGUAUCAUAUAAUUCGGGGCACCCACACACCAACACAAUCAGUUUGUCCUCCAUUUUAGAUACCAGUGAACAACCGUUCAUUUUCAUUUGUCACCUGGCAACCUUCGUGCUAAUCAGUUAUCGCGACCCAAAUAUCUGCUCAAGUUGAGACAUAUUCAGCUUCUGCCCAAUUCGCAUCAUUCACACCACCAGAGUUGUAGGAGCAUCUAAUCGCGUCUUUACAUUGACUUAACAUGUAAUUCAUUCACGCGAAUGAUUUUGCUCGCGCUUGGUGUGUAGAGACAGUUGGGUAAAUUGGUCACUUUCAAAUUGCCCGUAGGUGUGAAUGUGAGUGGGGUUGUUCAUCUCUAUACAUCAUCCCUGCAAUGAACUGGCGACUUGUCCAGGGUGUCCCCUGCCUUCACCCUGAGAUGCUGGGAUAGGCUCAAGCCUGUUACCCCCAGCGAGAUAAGCGGUAGAAAAUGGAUGGAUGGAUAUUAAUGUGAAGGGUUUUUUACUUAUCAGAAACAAGCAAAUUCAUUUGUCAAAUUCCAGCUGAAGGGUUUCAACAAACAGAGCCGAACUGCUGCAUGAAGUUCCUGUUGUAUGUUUUCAGAGGUAGAGGGAGUAAAAACAGAAGGGUUUACUCGUUUUUACUCUUUGGUUUGUCUCAGGAUCCUGAAAGAGCAAGAGGACAGAGAGAAGGAGGAGACGGUGCAGCUGGUCAGCAGCUCGACAGAGAAGAAGAAAUCCUGCUGCUAACACACACACACACACACACACACACUCACACACACACACUCUCACACAGAGUAGCACUACCCUUUACAGAAAUACACACUGUGAUAGUGUGAACACAUGUGCCACUGUGGACACAUUACUCUGACUCCUCCUCACACAGUCUUCCACCGUGUAGCACUGUGGGCAACCCCACACCAGGAUCAAUACUGUGUGUGUAUGUUUUGUUUGUUGUGUGUCAGGGGUGUUUUUGCACUUUUGUAAAAAUUUACUACCAAAAUUAUUUAUCAUCUCAUAAAAAAUGUAAUUAUCUGUGUAUGAAACAAAAUAAUAAUUGUAUACUGUUGAUCAAAUUGGAGCCAAACUGAGUAUCUCUGAGUCAAACUUCAACUCUUCAUUUUUAAACGUCCUACUGAAGCUCUAAGAUUUUUAACUAGCUUUCAAAAACCCUAACCAGUCCAAUGAGGGAUUUUUAUUCUCCGUAUUUAUAUCCUCAUUCUGUGUUGCGUUUCUUUUUAUUUAUCUGUUUUCUUUGCUUUUUUUAUCCAGUACAUACAAACACUAAAACAUGAACAAUGAGUAGCAAACAGUCUUGUACUUAUCACCUGUUAGCCAAGCUUUUGGUGUUUAUUUUUGGUCAGAGAGGUAAAGGUUUAAUUGUCAGGGCUGAGGUAAGUGGUGGUCUAUUAUUUGGAUAUUUAUUUGGUGUGUUGCAGUGAAAACAAAGUGUUUUUUUUUUCUUUCUUGUAUCUCGGUUUCUCCAACAAAAGAUGUCAAGUGAAAUCUUCAUACACCCAAAUCAAGAGCUUGAAAUGUUGUUUCUCUAGCGCUGUACUAUGAAAGUUUUUUUCUUUUUUUUUUUUGCUGGGGUUUGUACAUUUUGUUGCCUGUACACCUUUAUUUAUCUGUGUCAAAUUUAACUAUAAGAAAAAAAAAAUCAGAUCUUUAUUUUACCUGUAUAGACUAAAAUAAAUUUACUGCAAGAAUGCUAAUUUCAUAUUUCCACAAACUUGGUGCCAAGUGUUUGAUAUUUUUUUUUAUUUUUUUUUUUUUAUACCACAUGAUUUCACUUUAUUCUGUUAGGAGAGUUAUGUCAUUUGUAAGCACAAGGAGGUGAAACUUUCCUGGUCCGUGGAGUAAAGGGAAAGGAAAUUUAAGCUACAACUAACCGACCGCUAUGAAGAGGAGAAAACACUCAGAAAACAGAAGGCCUGAGAUUUCUUUCAUUUGUUGUAUCCAAGGGAUAAAGCAGCAAACUCCCCCCCAGCCAGGGCUUUAAGCUCAACAUUUCUUCAUUUUCUUAACAAAAGACAAAAUGUGACAAAUCUUUCCCGCUGGUAUUGGUCACAAGAAAUGGGUAAUAACUGGUGUUUUCGAAAGAGUCAUGUGCCCUUGUGAAAAGUUCAUAUUUUACAGUUUGAUAAGGUGUUUUUGCCUCUAAUAUUGUUUCACUACUACCACUGUCUUUCACACCAAUAUGUAAAUAAACAUGUUAAUAUAAUGAACA